UUGUUGACAUACUUCCGGCUUCCCCUUUACCCCCCCGACACGUGUGUCAUCACACAGUUUCCAGCCGAGGGGAGGAAAACAACGAUUAAACUCUACAUUUGGUGCCUCUGUUUUGUUUUUAUAUCACCGAAGGAGUUACCCUCUAACCAGCCAAGAUGGUGAAGCCUCAGUUUAAGGGGAAAAUGUCAAUUAAUCCCUCAAGCUCCAGCAGCAACCCGGAUCGGGCCAAAGGGGCUGGGGACACCAACCUGAGGGACCGAGCCACCAUCAAGCGUCUGAAUAUGUACAGACAAAAACAGAGAUGUAAUAACAGAGGAAAAGUCAUCAGACCUUUGCAGUUCCAGUCCACUGUGACUCCGGGAACGAUGGCCCGAGUGGAACCCAACAUCAAGUGGUUUACAAACACACGUGUCAUCAAGCAGACAUCCCUGCAGAAGUUCCAAGAGGAGAUGAGCGCCGUGCAGAAAGAUCCGUAUCGCGUGGUAAUGCGACAAAGCAGACUGCCCAUGUCUCUACUGCACGACCGAGUCAAAGCCCACAACUCAAAGGUGCACAUUUUAGACACAGAAGGUUUUGAGACUACAUUUGGGCCCAAAGCUCAGAGAAAGAGGCCCAGUCUGGUGGUCAGUGAUAUGAAGGACCUGUUGGCGCAGGCUGCAGCUUCCACUAUGAGCUACAGUGCAGAGAAGGACCAGGACCUGGUGACAGAGGACACAGGGGUCCGAGUCGCAGUCCGCGAGGAAAUUUUCAAAAAGGGUCAGUCCAAGAGGAUAUGGGGAGAACUUUACAAGGUGAUUGACUCGUCAGACGUGGUCAUCCAAGUGCUGGACGCCCGCGAUCCUAUGGGUACGCGCUCCCAGAACAUCGAGUCAUACAUCAAGAAGGAGAAAUCUUGGAAGCAUCUGAUCUUUGUUCUCAACAAGUGUGACCUCAUCCCCACCUGGGUCACUAAACGCUGGGUGGCGCUGUUGUCCCAGGAGUAUCCCACGCUGGCUUUUCACGCCAGCCUUACCAACUCUUUUGGUAAAGGCUCCCUCAUUCAGCUCCUCAGACAGUUUGGAAAGCUCCACACAGAUAAGAAACAAAUAAGCGUGGGCUUCAUUGGUUAUCCAAAUGUGGGAAAGAGCUCAGUCAUCAACACGCUGCGCUCAAAGAAGGUCUGCAAAGUGGCGCCUAUUGCUGGAGAAACAAAGGUGUGGCAAUACAUCACUUUAAUGCGGCGUAUCUUCCUCAUUGAUUGUCCAGGUGUAGUCUACCCCUCAGAAGACAACGAAACUGAGAUUGUCCUCAAAGGAGUGGUUCAAGUAGAGAAGAUCAAGAACCCAGAGGAGCACAUUGGGGCGGUGCUGGAGCGAGCCAAACCAGAAUACAUCCAGAAGACCUACCGCGUCCCAACGUGGACCUCCACGGAGGAUUUCCUGGAGAAGUUGGCAUUUCGCUAUGGCAAACUUUUAAAGGGAGGCGAACCCGAUCUCCCCACUGUGUCCAAAAUGGUGUUGAAUGAUUGGCAGCGGGGGCGUAUACCUUUUUUUGUGAAGCCCCCAGGACCCCAGGGAGACCAGGGACACCACGAGGAGCCGCUGCCAGUAGAAGGCCCCUCAGAAGCAGUAGAUGUUGGACAGACAGACGACGCGGCCACCGUCCCUGCUGUGGAAGAUGAAGACAAGAAAAAAGAAAAGGAGCAGCUAGACAAGAUUGUCUCAAACGUGCGACAGAACUUCGGCAAGAUCAACGUGGCGCCAGAAUUCAACGAGGAAGACCUGGUCCCCGUGGAAAUGCCCGACCUGGACAUCUCUGACUUUUCUGGUUCUGAGGCUGAAGUGGAAGAGGACAGCGAGGAAGAGGAUGGUGUAGAGAAAAAGAAGGGAGAGGAGGAAGACAUCAGUGAGCCAGUUGGCGACAAGGUUCCGGUCAUUGAGUCCAGCAAGACUUCCAAGCAGGUGAUCCGCGAGCUGGACGAUAAGAUCGCCAAGUAUAAGCAGUUUCUGGACCGGGCCAAAUCCAAGCGCUUCUCUGCGAUACGGAUACCGAAAGCACUUUCUGACAAAGUGCUGAGUGACAUCAAGAAGAAACGACCAGAAGCUUCCAAGAAGCAAGCACAGAAGAAAGCUGCCCCGCAGAGAAACAGGAAGAGGAAAGCUGAGGACGAAGAACCCUCCCAGCAAGCCAACCUGUCCUCCAAAGAGAAAAGAGCGAAGGAGCGCGCCAACAAGUCGAAGAAAGUGGGCGCACGCUAUUACGAAACACACAACGUGAAAAACAGGAAUAAGAGCAAGAAACUAGAGGUCCAAGCGGCACCUUCACAGGGCAGUAAGGCAAAAAGAGCCAAACGCUAAGCAAGGUAGCAAAUAUUCCUAAAAAGACUUUCAAUCAUACUUUAUUUUUGGAAUAAAUGUUCCAUAGUCAUCUGGAUUCACUCUCAGGAACAAUCUUAACUUCAUCAUUGGCGCUACUUCUUUGGCAUAACGAUUCCUUCCAGCUGUGCCUAAAUGGGAAUACAAAUCCAAACGUUAAAAAGGAAAUUGUUAAUAGUUUUUUCCUCCAUCCUCACCUUCAGCUGCUGGUUGGUUCUCUUCAGAAACUGAGUUUGCUCCAUGUGCUUCUUUUCCUGUGCGUCACGCUUCUCCUCUUCCCUCUUCUGUGUCGCCACGCACUCAGCUUUUUGUUCCUUGAGUUGAUUGAUCAGCUCUUGUUUCUCUCGCUCCAAGUCAUCAAUCUAAAAGGCGGAGGAAUGUCUGCUUUAUAAAUGAAGGCCGCCCUCUGCUGGAUUUAUGAGAGAAACGCAGGCAAUAAACCUGGCAAGUCUUACUCUUUGCUGCAUGUCCACCUUGCCCUGCUCGGCCUGCAGAGCUUUCCUCAUGCCAAACACCACGCUGCUCUCGUAGAGGGUCUGGUAGGCCGAGAUGGUCAUUUGGAUCUCGUCUCGGACCCGCAGCAGCAGGAGGCCCCUCUCGGCGCAGUUGAUGGUCACCUGUCGAAUCAGCUCCUCUAAUAUGAGGGAGGGAAAUAAGAUUGGGUUAUGGCUCUAAUUUGGUUCAGAUUUACAUUUUACUACCGUAUUUUUCGGAGUAUAAGUUGCUCCGGAGUAUAAGUCGCACCGGCCGAAAAUGCAUAAUAAAGAAGGAAAAAAACAUAUAUAAGUCGCAUUUUUGGGGGAAAUGUAUUUGAUAAAAGCCAACAGCAAGAAUAGACAUUUGAAAGGCAAUUUAAAAUGUCUAAAGAAUAGUGAACAACAGGCUGAAUAAGUGUACGUUAUAUGAGGCAUAAAUAACCAACUGGUAUGUUAACGUAACAUAUUAUGGUAAGAGUCAUUCAAAUAACUAUAACAUAUAGAACAUGCUAUACGUUUACCAAACAAUCUGUUUGAUUGAUUGAUUGA